AUGAUAGCUGGUGUGGUUUUGCGUGCGAUGGAUUUCUCUACUGCUACUUUUCCUUCAAGUCGUGAGAAGCAUAGGUGCGAAAUUGCCAGGAAGACCUCUGCUCAAGUCGUGCAUGCAUUCUGCCAAAAGUGUGUUGCAAGUGUGGCACAAUUGUGCAGCACCAUAUGUGGCUUCGUUUGGCAUUCGAAGGGGUCCUUUUUUCUGUCAAAGUUUCCCAGUAGAGAGCUUGCCGACGCUUCCCCGCAUUUCUGGGCUUGCAGCAAUCCGAUGUGCGCCGAUAGCGACUUUUGCUUCUGUUUCUCUUGUGCCAGCAAGGGCGCUAUGCUACCGAGAAUUUCGGAGGUAUCAACUGGCGACAGACCUUUAACUCCCAAGCUGCGGCAGACAAGGAAAAGGCCAUAUCAGCUGGUGGGGCAUGCAGGAAAACAGUUAUUGGUGUAUUGCGGGUGGAAGUUUCUGAUUGUUUGCUAA